AUGGCUCCUCACUGCCCGCCGCGCGGCAUCUACGUGCCCUGCGUCGCCUUCUUCCACGAGGAUGAGACGCUCAAUUUUGACGCUAUGCGCGCGCAUAUAACCCGAGUCGCCAAGGCUGGCGUCGACGGCUUGGUCAUCCAAGGCUCCAACGGCGAGGCCAUGCAUAUGUCGCACGAGGAGCGCAUCGAGGUCUUGAAGAUUGCUCGCUCCGUCCUCAACGAGCAUGGCAAGCCUGGCGCAACCAUCAUCGCAGGCGGCGGCGCGCAGUCAACGCGUGAAUCUAUUCAGCUGUGCAAGGAGGCUCACGAGGCUGGCGCCGACUACGCGCUCGUUCUCAGCCCGAGCUACUGGCUUCCUGCCAUGCAAAAGCCGGUCAUCUACAAGUAUUUUGACGAUGUGGCCGCUGCCUCCCCCAUCCCAAUCCUUCUCUACAACUUCCCCGGCGUCACAGGCGGCAUCGACCUCGACUCAGACACUAUUAUCAACCUUGCAGCAAGCAACAAGAAUGUGGUCGGAUGUAAGUUGACGUGCGGCAACAUGGGCAAGCUACAGCGUGUGGCUCAUGACCCGCGCAUCAAUCGGGAGUUUGCUGCCUUUGCGGGCAAGACAGACUUCAUGCUUCACGGGCUCGUUGGCGGCUCGCACGGCGUCAUUGCCGCCACAGCCAACCUAGUGCCGAAGUUGCACAACGUCAUGCUGGAUCUCUACGAUGAGGGCAAACUCAAGGAGGCCCAGGAGUUGCAGACGCGCUUCAGUCGGGCAGACUGGGCACUCGUGCAGCUCGGUGUCGCGGGUCUCAAAGCCGCACUGGAAAAGUACUACGGAUAUGGCGCGGGCCGCAGUCGUCGGCCUCUGGGUUCCAUCGACGUGGCCAAAUUUGAUGGCGACGCUGGUGCGCCUUUGCGCGAGCUAGUAGAGUACGAGAACUCGUUGCCGGACAUCAAAUAG